AUGCUCUUCAAAUCUACACUCCUCUUGCCUGCACUUCUUGCACUUGGCCUUGCCACUGCUGUUCCUGGUCCUGAGGUUGAAGAAGACCUUGUAGCCCGUGGUGCAGAAUUCGGAGACAACAUUGCUGCCCGUGGUGCAGAAUUUGGAGACAAUAUCGCCGCCCGUGAUAUUGAAGCCGAAGAUCUCGCUGCCCGUGACAGAAACCCAGAUUGCGGUCGCUUCGCGUCUUGGAACCAAAGGCAACGCAGAUGCAUCUGCCGUCAGCCUUCAUUCAGAUACUAUGAUGAUGGAAGGAUUUGCUGCCAGAGCGAUUGGUUCUACGACCACCGUUCGCACAGAUGCUGCCGAAGGCAAGACUGGGAUUUCAACCGUCAAAGGUGCCGCUAA